UGCGCACACCUGUCUGCCAGGGAAGGGCGACGGAAGUGGCAAGUGAGGUUUGGCCGAAGACUCUGAAGUCUUCUCCGGGACUGUUCUUAAAUAAACGCACUUUAUUUAUUAUGGCGACGCCGCUUUUUAAAUAUGGUACGCGUUGUUCCCUAUCCAGAUACUUUAUUGUUCUCGCGGUUAUCGGCCUGUCAUUUACAUCGUGCUACAACUUUGAAAACGAGUCUGUUGAACCCGACGUCUCCCUUCACCAUGGUAAUAUCCUGAGCCCUUUGCUGAAGGCUUUGUCAGAGCAGAACCCUUGGGGAGAAUUCACACCACGAGCCAAGCCUGACUCCAGAUUUGUACGUUACAUGAAGAGACUGUAUAAACUAUCAUCCAAACCCGACAAGAGUCCCGAGGCCUCUCACCUGUACAACACUGCGCGUCUGAUCACACCCCGAGAGGAGUGUCUCGAGCAAAACCGAGAAUUCUUCAUGCAGGAUAUUUCCUACAGUCUGAAUCGAGUGAGGACUCAGGAGCAGUUGCUGAAGUCAGUGCUGCUGUACUCUUUCGACCACAACCACAUCACCCCGUUCACGUCGCUCUGUUAUCUGGAUGUAAAGGAGCAGAAACCCUCGAGGGAUCAGAUGUGUUCUCACCAUCUCAGCACCCAGCAGUCAGUCCCGCUACUCAGCUUCCGCGUCCACACCGAGAGAAGAGUCCGUCGCCGCUGGGUGGAGGUUGACGUGACCUCCUUCCUCCAUCCUCUCAUUCAGGCCCAUAAGAAGGACAUCCAUCUCCUGAUCAACUUGACCUGCGUUGAAGAUAUGGUCCCCAGACCUGGAGGCCAGAUUCAUAAGAGUCCGGUUGAGCUAACUCACAGGUCCCCGUCCCUUCUUUUGUACCUAAAUGACACCAGUGAGGUCGCAUACCAGAGAAGAGCCACGCAAGGUAGGAUGGUCGAUCUGACAUCCAACAACUGGGAUGGAAAGUCCACAAUGUGGGAGUCAGCCUCGCGAAAGCGACGAGGAACCCUAAAGAGCACCAAUUUGCCGGAAACCAUGCCCAAACUCAUCCCCAUGUAUGACUUUCCAACAGAUGACUGUGAUCUGUAUGAUUUCAGAGUGAGCUUCAAUCAGCUCAAACUGGACCACUGGAUCAUAGCGCCUCACAAGUACAAUCCGAGGUACUGUAAGGGAUUUUGUCCAAGGGCCGUGGGAUAUAUCUAUGGGUCACCAGUGCACACCAUGGUUCAGAACAUCAUUUACGAGAAGCUAGACUCCUCUGUGCCCAGACCUUCAUGUGUGCCGUCAGAGUACAACCCUUUAAGUGUUUUGACCAUUGAGAACGACGGGUCCAUUGCCUACAAGGAGUACGAGGAGAUGAUUGCUACCAAAUGCACUUGUCGAUAA